GGAGAGAACUAAAACAUUCUGGAAGGUGUGCCCCGAGGACCAAGGUUGGGGAUCUCUGGACUAGAAUACCAUGAUGUGAAAAUAGUGUUCGACUGAAUAAAAAAUCUUGAUUGGAAAAUGGCUGAAGUUAGAUUGAAUAAAGGAUGUUGGUUUGAAUUUUUAUAUAAUGGUGACCCUGCCUGUGAAAACCCAACUCAAGUCAUUUUUGGUUAUUUACUAUUUUUUUUAUAAAAUUAUACAUAAUGUAAAGAACAUUCUAUAACAUUCUAUGAUAAUCCUAAAAUCUUUAUUGGCUGAGUAAGGUAUAUGUUAAAGAUUGACAAAACAGUGAAAUCAAUGGUGGAAAUCAAACUUUUAUCUCAAAAUUAUGUCAUGAGACUUAUGCAUAAUGUUUGCAUAAAUUUAAAUGCAAAAUGUACUAAGAGAACAGAAAAAAAGCUGGAAAUAGCUAUUUUGUCCUGUUUAGUUUUGUUAAAUAGUUUAGAUAAUUGUAAGUAAAUCAGGUUAAAACUGCGUCACAACAUAUAAACAGACAAUAUGAACAAUGAAAUAAGCUUUAAAACGUGUUACUUGAGUUGUUCUGUCUUUUGGGAACAACAGAUUUAUGAAUGUGAUACGAACAUUAAUAUCUUCUCAUUUUUACUCAUAAAUAUAUAAGAUGUUUCUUUAACUUAUUACUACAAGAUGACAUAAUUAUUGGUAAUGAGAAUAUUGUUAAUGCUUUCAAUGAUCUAUAAUGAUGAUGCAGCGAGUGUAACAAUUAUUUACAGUUAUAUUGUGCUGUGCUUUUGUGCACACUAGAUGGCACAAGUUGUUAGUUUACCAACGAGUUUUUGCUAAUGCCGCACGCUCUGGCAACUGAAUUAAUGUGCAUUACUGAAUUGAUGUUUUGGUGUGAAUUUAUAAACUGGAGAAAUAAAAUUAAGUCUAUAUAUAUUUUUUCUUUUCUAGCUUUUUGCAAGAUUUUUAUCACUAAUUAUAAUUAGUGAUAAAAAUCUUGCAAAAAGCUAGAAAAGAAAAUAGUUAUUUUAAGUAAAACAAAUAUUAGUGCUCUGCAUUUAAUUAAUUCGUUUAGGUGCAGAAAAAGGACUCUACUGUAAGUCUUUAUUGAAAUCAUAUUCUUAUGGUCAUUAGGCUGUUAUUGCUCAUCAUUAUAAACUUUUGUAACAAAUAAAAAACGAAUUGCAUUAAAGCAAUUAAUGUUCAGAAACAUUCGUUUGUGUACUUCGCUAAUGUGGUAAUACCAUAUCGUAUGUGUUAAAAACGACAAUGCUACCAUCACAUUACAAACGAUCACAAUAAAGGAAGAUCGGAGCAAACGGACCAGUGCGCAUCAUAAAGGCGUGCUGCACGCACACAGACACACGCGCUCAAAAGCAAAUACAUUUCCCUCCUAAGUACAUUGCAAAAUGCUAAAAGAGCAGGAUUCAAUGAGUCAUUAUCGUACAAAGUGCCCUGACAGUAGCUUCUUGAACUCCAGGACCAAAUGGAUGCGGGGGCUCUUCAUAAGCGUCUGUAUUAUUUUAUUUUCUUGCUUAAGACUUACACUGGCACAUCCUCAGUGUCUGGACUACCAGCCACCUUUCAAACCAUUAUACCACAUUGAGUUUUGCAACCAGCAUGGAAAUUUUGGUUGCUGUGAUCAACAAAUGGACAAUCGUAUUGGGAUGAGUUACUGGGAUAUAAUGGACCUGAUUGGUGAGGAAGCUUAUGAAGCGUGUGGUGAUUUGGUUAAAGAUAUCAUGUGCCAGGAGUGUUCCCCUUACGCUGCACACUUGUUUGAUGCUGAAGAUCCAUACACCCCAGUGCGCCACAUACCAGGACUGUGCUCUGCCUACUGUUCAGAAUUCCACAGAAAGUGUCACUUUGUGGUCAAGUACCUAACCAACAGCCGGACCCUACUGGAGGCAUGUGAGAAAGAUGACUUGCAUUUCUGUAACAUCAUCGAUCUCCCUGACCAGGACUAUUGCUUCCCCAAUGUCCUGAGGAACAAUGAACUGUACAGCAACCUAGGUAAGGUGGAGGACCCUAAAGGAUGUCUACAGUUGUGUUUAAUGGAAGUGGCCAAUGGGCUGAGGAACCCUGUGCUAAUGGUCCACAGUGGUGACGACACCCACCGCAUGUUUGUGGCGGAGCAGGUAGGCUUUGUGUGGGUUUAUCUGAGAGAUGGAAGCCGCAUAGAAAAGCCCUUCCUCGACAUAAGUGGAGAGGUGCUGACCACGCAGUGGCUGGGAGAUGAACGAGGUUUCCUGGGCCUAGCCUUCCACCCAAAGUAUAAAAACAAUGGACGCUUUUUCAUCUACUACUCCAUUCUGGUCAACGGCAUGCUUGAGAAAGUUCGCAUUAGCGAGAUGAAGGUGUCAGCUCAUGAUAUGAACGCGGCAGAUCCCCACUCUGAGAGAGUUCUUCUCGAGAUUGAUGAGCCUGCAGCAAACCAUAAUGGUGGACAGCUUUUGUUUGGUCUAGAUGGGUACCUGUACAUCUUCACAGGGGAUGGUGGAAAAGCAGGAGACCCUUUUGGAAAGUUUGGAAAUUCCCAAAACAGAUCAGCCUUGUUGGGAAAAGCGCUUCGCAUUGAUGUGGAUGGUAGCAGGAAAGAUGGCAAGCCGUAUAAGAUUCCUCCAGACAAUCCUUUCAUUAGAGAAUCUAAUGCUAAGCCUGAGGUCUAUGCCUACGGUGUGAGGAACAUGUGGAGGUGCUCAGUGGAUCGAGGGGAUCCAGUGACUCAAUAUGGCAGAGGGAGAAUAUUCUGUGGCGAUGUGGGCCAAAAUCGAUAUGAGGAGAUUGACAUCAUUGUGAAGGGAGGAAACUAUGGAUGGAGGGCGAAAGAAGGCUUUGAAUGUUUCGAUGUGAAAUUGUGCCAGAACUCCUCUCUAGAUGACAUUCUUCCAAUAUUUGCUUAUGGACACCAUGUUGGGAAAUCAGUAACUGGAGGUUAUGUGUAUAGAGGAUGCGAGUCACCCAACCUCAAUGGUCUGUACAUUUUUGGUGAUUUCAUGAAUGGACGAUUAAUGGCUCUUGAAGAGGAUAAGGAACCUGGGAGUUGGAAGGAAAAGAAUGUGUGUAUGGGUGACACCAAAACAUGCUCUUUUCCUGGCCUUAUAAAUCAGCACCACAAGUUCAUCAUCUCAUUUGCUGAAGAUGAAGCAGGAGAGCUUUAUUUUCUGGCAACCUCCUACCCGAGUGCAAUGUCUCCUUUUGGCACUGUCUAUAAAUUUGUGGAUCCAUCUAGGAGGGCACCUCCAGGAAAAUGCAAAUACAAGCCACUACCUGUAAAGAUCAGGGGAAAGAAAGUGGCAUUUGUACCCAGAGAAUUGACUGUACUUGGCAUAGAUGUAACUCCUACAAGACCACUAAUAGAAAAGAUUAUAAACCCAACUAAACCUUCAAGCACACGGCAGUCCUCAAGAACCAAACCCGCAACAUCUGCACCAGAGAAAAAACAUAGAGGCAUACAAGUAUAUGUAACUCCCACAAGACCACCACUAGAAAAGAUUAUAAACCCAACUAAACCAGCAGCCACGCGCCAGUCCACAAGAACCAAACCCACCACUUCUGUACCACAGAAAAAACAUCCGGGCCAAAAUUCAACAGCAAAAUUGCACCAGAAAAAGACAAAGAAGACAACUCAGCCAAAAGAGAAGCAAAGCAAUGCAAGGACAAAAGAAGUCAAGAACGUUGCCUCUCACAGUAGGAAGUCAAAGUUACAGAGCAAGAAAGAAAGAAAAGAUACUGGAAAGCUGUCUCACAAACUGUCUGUCAAAGGACCACGGGCAGGACAGAAAACCAAACCAACGAAACCAAAAGAGGAGACAAAACCAGCUGUUUUGUUACAAAAAACUAAAAAGGCUGAAAAAGAAAUUAAGAAACCAAACAGCAAACCUAAGGUGAACAAUAAAUCUAAGGUGAACGGGUCAACAAUAAUCCUAAAGUGAACAACAAACCUAAAGACUGUAUCAGCAAAAAUAUAACAAAUAUCUCUCGGACAAAAAAAGAGAAAACUGUUUGAAUAACCAAUAUUGUGUACUAAUGAGAUGGUACUAAUAUGGGCAGUAAUAAGAUUUUAUGUGUUUUGAAGAAAUCAUGUAUUAAAGAAAGAAAAUAGCAGGUCUGGGGUCAGUCAAAUGUGUGAUGUGUUAGACCAAAGAAGCAGAAACAGUUUUGGGCCGUACGUUUCAAUUUUCUUAGCAUGCAGCAAGAGCUUUCUCUAAAUGUUCAUGUUUGUGGAUGUGGUUAAGUAAUUAGUACAGGGCCAUAUCUUUUUUUUUAGAUCAAACUACAAACUAAAAGAAAAAAAUCUAAAUAAAACAUCAAGAAUAAACAAUUCUUUUAAACAAAAAUGUUUUGCGUUGUUAAAUGUGUUUAUUUUAUGACAUGGGUCCAAAACGCACAUUUCAACUUUAAAUAACUUGUGUAAAUUGCUUUUCUUUUAAUAGACCCAGACAGAGAGAAAUAUGCAUGAUAAGUUUGGUCUAAAUUAAAAAUGCUUCCUUUAAUAAAACGUUUUCGUUUGUUUAGAGUAAAAUUAUUUUCAUUGCAGACCCAAACCAUGUCCAUAUGACUGGUACAAGUUGGGUAUAACUUAACGUUGGUUAAACCCCUGGUUUUUGUGGUCCUUGGUCUUUGCCUCACAAGCACGAAAAUAACAGCAUACUUAAGGCAAGGCACUGCAGGUGAAUAGGCAGAUUUUCUGCAUUUCUUUACCAAAACUAAACCUAAUUAAAAAACUAUUUAUUGUACUUCCUGCAUCCCAUUCAUUUAAUCGUUCCCUUCAAAUAGACAUGAAUGCUUUUGCAAUUCCGCGAAAUAAAAAAACAAAACCGAGAUGAGCCAAAUCUUCUAAACUGUUAAGACGUAAUGGUAAUGUUAAUGAAUGAAAAUAAGAAACUAUAUUAACACGCAAUGCACGUAUCCAGAGCAUAUGAUCUUUUGCAAUGCCCAAAAGUACAAAACAGACCCUCCUACACUCUUAGAAGAGAUUGAACCUUUAGAGUUAGAAAAAGAACUUUAAAGUUCAAAUAUGAACUUCUAAUACUUUGUAUAUAAAAAAGGUUCAAAGUUGAACAUUUAAGUUCUAUAAGUAACCUUUGUAUUUGGUAUACUGUUAGAAAUUCUUUUUAGAACCUCUGUUGUGGCAAAAGGGUUCAAAUUAGAACCUGGCCUGUUACCAAGGUUUGAACCUUUUCUGAGAUGGGCUAGAUUUUCUGCUGUUUAGUUGUUGAUGUUAUUAUUAUCCUUAUUAAUAUCAUUUUAUUAUAAUCAUUUUAGCCUACUUUAGUUUACAUUUACAUUAGUCAUAUUUAAAGAUUAAUAUAUAAAAAAUUAAAAUACACAAACAAUUUGAGAGGUGGACACACCACCAUCUCAAACAAUAAGCAUGUCAUUUCCCCAUGAAAAACACUGAGAAAAACAUCUCCAAUCGUUUAAACUUAUUUCAAACAUCAAAAAUGACGUAGACUUGUGAGUUCAAGAGACAGUGCUACGUUCAAGCAAUGCUUCUUCCCAAAUACUACUUCCAAACAUCGGAAACUGCGCUCAUAGUCGGACAUACGAUUUAUGAACUCAGGGCAGAUCAAUCAAGCACGAGGGCAGGGAGACGCGUUACAUGAUCCAAAAUGCUUGCAGUGACAUUAGCGCGGAGCUAACUUACGCGAAACGUUAAGAAACUGUAAAGUAUUUGACUGGAACGCUACGAGGUCGGAAGUGGGAUAUUUCAAAUCGACUUCGCCUCGAACGAAGUCUUGCGUUCAAAUGUCUCUCGCGCCCGUGGCCCAGCUAAAAAAAACCGUUACAAACUCUGCUGCGCGAGCGCAGGAACUGAGAUGAAAUGCUCGAAUAUCUGAGGUAAGGCUUAACAAAAUUACUAUGACCUUUAUGAAAUCAUGAAAAUAAAUGAAAUGAAAUGUAACAUGGUUACUGUACAUUAAAAUACAGACUAAAGCUCUGUUAGUUAACCGAUUUCAAAGUGACCUUUUUUCUAUUUAGGACAGUGUAAAAGUUAUAAAGAGAGAUGUAUAGUGCUACAAAGGCAACAUUUGUGUUAAUUAUUUCACCCCUUUACUUUCUUUUAAGUAGAGAAAAAGAUAAACAUAUAUCACUGAAAGGGGGAAAGAUGCUAAGGCGCAGGUGACAACGCAACUGAAAAAUGGAUGAAACGCAGCAACCAAAUAUGGAAUACAAUACAAUCAGAGCGUAAGUACUGAAUGUUAAUGGAGAUUUAUGUGUUUAACGUUAAAAGAAUUGUGCUUUCUUAUUGAACAGCCAAAGUUGGUAACUGUAGUCUGCAAGGCACAACAAGCAGAAAUAAACAGUCUGUUUAUUUAGGUAAACAUGUGCUGAUGUAGUGACUAUUAUAAUUUAUUCUGUCAAGUGUAGAACUAAACUUCAUAAUAUAUGAAUAUGUUAAUACAUUCUGUGUUGGUCAGCUCAGCUGCAUUAAGUCAGCAGUAGUCUGUCUUAAAGGGAUACUUAACCCCCAAAAAUAAAAUUCUGUCAUCAUUUACUCACCCUCGGAUUGUUCCAAACAUACAUUUCUUUGUUUUGUUGAACACACAGGAAGAUAUUUGGAAGAAUGUCAGAUCGCAUCCCCCAUUUACUGACAUGGGGAAAAUAAAUACUAUGGGAGUCAGUAGGGGAUGAGAUCUGACAUUCUUCCAAAUAUCUUCCAGCAGAACAAAGAAAUGUAUACAGGUUUGGAACAAUCAGAGGGUGAGUAAUUGAUGAGAGAAUUUUCAUUUUUGGGUGAAGUACUGUAUCACUUUAAGUGUGAAUGUUUGUUUAAUCUUAAUUAUGAUUAUUUACAUGACAAGACUGAAUAUUUAGCAGAAACCAAUGAUUUCUUGAUCAAGUUUACUGUGGUAUUACUGUAUAGCUUUUAAUCAUUCAAUGUGUUUUCUGUUGAGUUUGUGCUUUUCCAGAUGUGUCUCUCUACUGUCAUGUUGCCAAUAAUGUGGGACCCACAACCUGUACAAAGAGUCAAAAGCCUACAUAAUUUUAAUGAACGGUUAAUCCUUUAUCUCCAUUUACGCCUAACCACAAGGAACAUGCUACAGGUAAUGUUUGAUCUAAAUUGAUAAAUGCAUAAUCUGUGAAUAAUACAUUUUUUUGAGAAAGCCUUGUGGCCUUAAGGAGUACUGCAGAGUACACAACAACACAAAUGAGUUUCACUGAUCUGUGGUGUUCUGUUUCCAGAGCUGUGUCCACCCAUGUUAUGCAUUUGUGCCUUCUCCUGCUCUGCACUUUUAAAGCCCACUGUACGGUAUGUAAACAUCAUGUCUACGAUGGUGAAUUUAUGAAGAGAUCUGAGUAAACUGGUUUGCUAUUCUGUAUUAGUAUAAAGGUAUAUUUAAAUGAACAUUUUGUAUUUAGUAGGCCAUCAUACACUGGUUUGGCUGUGCUGCAGAAUUUGUCUGUUCAAGACGCUGAGCAAGUUUUCCUCAAUCAUCACAGGUAAAUAACAUGUUAUUUAUAUUCAGGUUUCUUGCGUCUAUCUCUAUUCAGUAUUUUUGGUCAGUUUUAAGGGAAUGUAUUUAUUAUAGUUCUUGAAACAAUGAUUCUAAAACAUCAAAAUAAAAUGUGUCCAAAUCUUUGGGCAAUACACAAUAACAGCAAUAUGAACAUGAAUGACUGAUCCUUAUCAUUACCUCAGGCUGUGGCAUCUUGAUGUUUACUGAUGAUACAUAUCCCUCUACUGUGAUGUGGGAUAUCAUUAAGAUCUAAAUCUAAAAUUACAGAGUUGAAGAUGUUAAAGUUAAUUGUUAGUUUAUUAAUUUGUCUGUUUUUCUUUCUCUCAGGUGUCAGUGAAGCCUACAUCAGUGCAGUGUGGCAGCUGAUGGGCAAAAGGUAAUUUCUUAGUGUUGUAUUUGUAUUACUUACUAUUGCACUUUUUCAAAAAACAGACUGUGGUCCUGUCACCCUGCAGUACUGAAGGAUCAUACAACUGGGAUUUACACAGCUCUGCACUGCAUACAACAGUUAAUGAACUUUCUCUCUGUUUAUGGCUGAUGUUAGGAAGAAUGUUACUGACUGACAAAUUCACCGUUCACUUACAGUACAUACAAAAACACUAGUCAAAAAGCUAAGGAAAGACAGUCAGGAGGGUUUGGAAUAUGAUGGCGAGUAAUCAUGAUCAAAUAUGAUCACAUAUUACAGAUUAAAAUGGGCAUUUUUGUUUGUUUAAAUAAAUUUAUGCAGUGAGGUGGGCGUGCUUUAUUUCAUAAUUAUUUUACUUUGUUAAUGUUAUACAUAUCACUGUCAUGGCUCUGCUUCACUUAGUCAUGAUUUUCUUGGUCCUGUAGCAGAGCCGUGACAAAGCCUUAUGUUUUAUGUGAGAAAACCACGAGUUGUCUAUGUUUUUACUUCUCAUGUGUUUUCUCGUGUCUUGUCAUUGGCCCCGCCCCUCUCGUUUCACGUAUUGCUUCCCGUCUGUGUUUCAUUACCCUCACCUGCCCUGUGUUAUUAUCCCUCGUUUGUGUCCCCUAUUUAAUGCCCUCUUGUCUAUUGUCCUGUGCGUGUUCGUCUUGUUGGUGUUCCUGUGCCUCAGGUUUGACGUUGUGUCAUUCUGGUCCUUGUCAAAGUCAAGUACCUUAGUGAGUGUUUAGUUUAGUUAAUGUCAAGUGUUUCCUAGCUUAGUUCUGUUUUAGUGAGUCUGCGUUCUGUUGUACUGUUAUUCUGUUUUGUUAUUUAACCCCAUUGUGGGUCUUUGUUUUAUGUUUUAAUAAAUCUUUUUUGUUACCCCUUACCGCUGCCUGCAUCUGGGUUCUCUCCUCCCGAGUCGUGACAUAUCACAAUCAGAUGUUAAAUAAAAUGUAUUGUCAUUUUGUGUUUUAUCUGAAAUGUUUGCAUGUACGCAAUAAACAUUUAAUGGAGAAUCAUGGUGGUGCAUCAUGUGUUAUGAAAUGUUGUUAUAGUAUAAUGUGUAAUAUAAUAAUAACAAUAGUAAUAAUACUACUGAAAUGGUGAUUAAAAGGGGUUCCAAAAGGAACUCUGCUGGUUCUUUAAUGCACCUUUAAGAGAGGGUUCCAAUUGGAACCUUUUUAAAAAGUUCAAAAAUGAACCUUUAAGGUUCCCCCACAGUUGCAAUCUCCAGGAACCUCAAAAGGUUCAUUUUUGAACCUUUUCUUUUUAGAGUGUACCUCUGUAAUAACCUAAGACAUCUAGUCCUGUCCGAAUCAGUGAAUAAAAUCACAGACAUCGUGUGAGACAAACUUAGACAUCCUUUAGAAACUAGUCCCGUUCGAAUAGGACUUUUUUCUGUAAUGUGAUGGUUUUUUUAACGUAUUUCAAAAAUAUGUGAAAAACCUGUAAAAAUUGAAAAAAUAAAAAUUCUCUUUAAUUACCAUUUUUUCAGUGUAAAAUGCACUGUAAAAACUAUUAAAAAACUAUAAUAUUCUGUCAGCUGAGCCACCAGAAAAACAUAAAAUAACAUUUACCUUACAUAAAAUGUUCAUGUUAUUUUACACCCAAAAUGUAAAUCAGAUCUGUAAUUUGACAUUUCUUUUGAUGCAUUUCAAAAAUAAGUGAAAAUUCUCUAAAAACAGUAAAAAUAUGUUUUUUACAGUGUGUUCCUUUCCAAGGAAAAGUUAAAACUUGACAAUGAUAAUACACAGAUCGUAUUUAAUAAUUAUGAUAAAUAACUCAAUAAUCUUUAUAAAAUUUCACCACUGCCACACAGAAUCUCUAACACUAAUAGCAUAUCUGUAUGUCAAUACCUCCAAGCAGAACAUUACUUUCUGCAGCAGGUUGUGUUAUCAGUAAAAGGUCAUCUCGCAUCAAUUGACAAAUCACUAUUAUAGACUGCCACAGCAUAUCCCAAUCCAUCAGCAAGAUCUCCCCCCACCACAAGCUGUUCAGCAUGUCCUUAGGAGUGACAUCAUUACGUCAAAGCAAAGGCCAAGCUAUCGCUUCCACACACCUGGAGUACAUGAACUCUGCAUCUUACGUACGUGAAAAUGUAAAACAGAAUUUUAAGAAUCCCCUUGUGUGCAUGUGGCAACAAACAUCUCUGUUAAACAGACUGACAUACGUACUUGACAGUAUCCUCACCUACAGAGCUUUACAGUAUCCUGUAAUUAACACAUAGGUUCGGACAUACCAUGCAAAACAACUGAUUGUAGGCAUGCUAGAACUAGAUUUUCUGAAUACACCACACACACAGACACUAAUAGCUAGGCUUUAAAAAUCUACUGCACGACAUCUCUAGGACAUACUGCCUAAAGGUAACGAUUAAACUGUAAGACUUCACUGAGGCAUUUGCUUCCAUUGCUAAUCCUUUGGAUCUUUGUAUAGUCUACAUGUAAACUUUGUAGCUCGGAAGGGGCCCUAUAGGCGAUCUUGGAAAAGUUGUUGCGUGUAUUGUGCAACUGUGUGCCUCAAGCAUGUAAAAAAAGAUUUCAAUGAAUGGCUCUCACUGUUUAGGGUCUUUACACAGCAUUUAGUAUAAUAUUUCUAUCACAAAGUUAACAAGGAUUUAAUUUAGGUCAGACUUCGACUAGUCUUGUCAUGAUUCUUGGGUGAGGUGAGACACAGUGACAAGGAGAGUGGACCCAAAUGCAGA